AUGGCAGAGGCUCUACCUCCCCUACUCAGUACUCCUAUUUUACUGCUCGCCCUCACACUCGUCGCGCUUUCCGUUUUUUGUGCCAUCGCGUUUUCAGAAACCCCAUUUAGUUUGGCCCACAAGAAGACCAGUCUCACAAAGCUCAACUCCGACUGUGAACGCAUCUCUGUCACCAUCGAUAUCUAUAAUCGUGGACUGUCCACUGUAUAUGAUUUAAGUGCUGCUGAUGAUUCUUGGUCUUUGGAUGUCUUUGAUGUGGUGACCGGCAACACUUCAAAAUCAUGGAAAACAGUUGAUGGGGGUGCCCAUGUUUCCCACUCUUUUGAGUUGGAGCCCAAAGCAAAAAGUGUUUACCAUGGUGCUGCUGCUCUGAUAACAUUUCGUCUUCCUACUAAGUCCAAAAAACUGCCGGCAAAGCAUGGUUCCCAUAUUUUAGUGAUUCUCCUCGUGGGUUGUUUUGCACACAUCAUAGUUUCUCCAUCAAAAUCUAGCACUAGAAAUGUAAUCAAGAAAAGAAACUGA